AUGUCAGCGGAACAAGCCCAGGAGGCCGCAGUCGAGCAGGUAGCCCAGGGGGUGAAGGACGUUAAGUUGGAGAAUGGGGCAGCACCAGGGGCUGCCAAUGGAACUACAAAGAGCGAUGACAACCCUAUUCCUUUCAAGGACAUCUUCAAAAUGUUCUCAAAAUUCGGCGAUCCGAAAUCCGAUGGAAAACAAAUUACACUCUCACAGAGCGACAAAUGGAUGAAACAGGCCAAAGUAAUAGACGGAAAGAAAAUCACAACCACGGACACCGCGAUCUACUUUAAAAAGCUAAAAUCCGUUAAAGUCGGCAUCGACGAUUACCAGAAGUUCCUCGAAGAUCUCGCGAAAAGCAAGAAAGUUGAGUUAGACGAGAUCAAGAAGAAAAUGACGACUUGCGGACAACCCGGUGUUUCGACACAUUUGCCUAAAUCCCCGGCUGCAGCUGCCGCUGUAGACAGAUUGACAGACACAUCUAAAUACACAGGCUCACACAAGCAACGAUUCGACGACACCGGCAAAGGCAAAGGGAUCGCUGGCCGCAAAGACCUCGUCGACGGUUCGGGAUACGUCACAGGAUACCAGCACAAGGAUACCUACAACAAGAGCCACUAG